GAUUCACGCGUAGCUGCUGCUUAAAAUCUCUUCUCGCGAGAUCUUUCCUUGGGAGUGCUGUUGGGCCAGAAAUCGGUUUUAUUGAUCAAAUAUUUGAUAAUUCAUUGAUGAGCACAAUUUGGUCAAAGCCGCCCUGUUGGGCGGGUCGAAGAUCGCGGACCCCAGAAAAGAUAGAGCCACCACGAUCCUCUUGUGAACGAACGUAUGUGUCACGACGGAUUGCACGACGAAAAUUCUGGAUCCUUCUGCUGUUAUGAUAAUGCUCCCAGAUUAUCGUUUACCCAGCACUUUGGCCGAUUUGUUGCCUACGAAUGCAAUAGUGUCGGGUAGCUUAGCUAGCUACGUCACAGCUCUAAAUGAGCUUCGCCUACGUGGGCUUAACUAUUGGAGAUUUGAUGCGUCCCCAGCGAUUCCCUUUGAAUUGUCAUGCCGAUGGUCCUCAGUUGAAGUAAUGAUCUGCACAAAAUCUGAGAUGAUUCUGUUCAGUGCUUGCCUCAGUUUCCUCAGUGCUGUUAUAGGAGUUUAAGAAAACGAUCUGGGCCCUUUUGUGUUGUAAGCGUGUAGUGGGCUGAAUUUGUAAAUCCAAAUUGUGCGCCGGUAGGUGUGGAGACGAGAUUCUGGUUCCACGGGUUAGCAUUUCUUCAUGGACGAAGCGUACAGGUGAAGCGGCGAUUGUUUGGUUUAAGGCGAAGGGACAGAUAUGACGUGGGAGCCCCGUUAAUUCUUUUUUUGAAGGGAGGUGGUGCUUGUUUUAAGCGUUAGGUGCGAAGAUAUCUUACGGGGUAGAGCAUUUCGUCAGCAGCAGCAAUGAAUUUUUCCGGCGUGGAUUUUACUUUAUCUGGACAAUAUAAAGCCAUGCUGGCACCACAUUAUUCAUCUGAGAAGAAUCGUACUUACUGAAGGUCAAAAUUAGUGCACAACUGAUUCUGAUGCACCUACUUCCAAAUGUCAGAGGCAUUCCAUAGCGUAUAUCUUCGCGCAACUAAUGAACUUAUUUUCACAUGUGGUCGUUGGCGUGCAUUAACUCGACCUGUGACUGAGAUACCUGAUGAUGCAAUUUCAGACGAAGGAGUUGAGAGAUACGACCACGUUCAAGUUUCUAGUGGACCAGUCUCUACUUCCAGAGAGGAAUUGAGAAGUCUUGUUCCUCCCAGACCGGUUGUGAGAAGGUGGAAUGCGCCAGAGCGACCUGUGGAUUUAAAAAAUGGGAAGUUCCCGUACUGUUUGGUGUGGGUACCACUACCAAUUAUUGCGUGGCUUGUACCCUUCGUAGGUCACGUUGGCAUUUGCCGAGAGGAUGGUGUAAUCCUCGAUUUCGCUGGAAAUAUUAAUGUUGACAACCUUGCAUUCGGCUCGUGCGCCAAAUACGUGCGUCUCAGUCCCAACAAUUGCUGUUUCCCCCAUCCUCAAUACGGCCAUACAUGCAAGGUUGCUGACAAGCAUGCCGCUGCUGGCAUGGCCUAUUCUUGGGAUGAUGCGAUUUCAAGAUCAGUUCAAGUCUUUGGGAGAAAGUCAUACAACUUUUUUACUUGCAACUGUCACUCAUUUGUUGCGAAUUGCAUGAACCGGAUGGCUUACGGAGGACACACGAACUGGAAUCUUGUGGAUGUCCUUCUACUUGCUCUUGUGCAGGGCGAAUUUGUCGACUUCACCGGAUUCCUUCGAGGCUAUGUGCCAUUCGUUGCAAUCAUGACCCUUGGAUUGUUCAUGGCAGAUUGGGUAUACUUCUUCUUCUGGGCCGGGUUCGCUACCCUACUCCUUGGGUGGUUCAUUUAUGGUACCUACGUUUUUGGAGGUUACAUUGAUUGCUGAGGUGGUGCUGGUACUUUUUGGAACGGAUUGAUAGGUGUGAAGUACAGAUUCACAGGGAUAGUCCUAAAUUUUUAGAAAUGAAAUCUAUAUUUAGGCAUUGGUGAAGGUAUAUUCAGGGUUUGGCGACAGGGCUAAGGUGGUAAGAAUGUAUAUUUGUAGAGAUUUGUAGACUUUGGGUGAAAUUGGUGCUGUUCGAACAAAUGAAAGCAUGGAUUAAUGGCACGGUUGAGAACAUUUUUGUACGAGACCUUUCUUAAACAGCGAUGGUCAAACGUUGAAAAACGUCUUCGGGCAUAUUUGAAAAAGCUAUCGUUUUUCGAUUA